AUGUCCAUCUAUGUUUGCGCAGCUGAUAAACGUCCACAAAAGUCCAGAAUUGCGCAAACACCAGUAGAGCACUUCAACUUCCGCCACAAGACUUCGGGCGGUACGGAAGCACCUCAAGUUUCUUCGGAAAUAUCGUCGUCAUUGUUCAAUUUGCCUCAUACAGUACCGGUCAUGACGAAGCAACAUCCCUUCACCGCUGGCCCUCAAACGCCCAAAUCGCCAUCCUCCAUGGACGACCCUCCGAUCUCCUUCCGAGAGCAGGAGAACCCGAUUCGCACUGCGUCCUUCUUCUCCAUGAUGUAUGGGCCAUGUGUCCGGAAAGACAAUUGCGCUGUACUUCGAGUCAAGUUCGAGAUGGAGCUCCGCGCCAUCAACAACGGAAAGACUCCUCAGCCUCUCGGCAUACCUCGAGUAGCUUUGGCUCUUGUGAAGACGUUUCCUCGCCAGAUUGUGGUCGUGUUCGCAAGCGACCUGCUGUUCCUCGCUGGAUCUGCCUUGAUCUCUUUCCUCGUGGAAGCCAUUCUGGACUACAUCAAUGAUCGAGACAAUGUCUUCGGUAUCCAGAACGGAUACGUUUUGGUGGUCAUGCUGUCGCUAGUGGCCUUUCUAUCCAUGGUGAGCUUCAACUUCGCCUGGUUCAUCUCGUCUCGAAUCGGUGUCAACAUGCGAUCGCUGCUAUUAGAUGCAGUAUACCGCAAGUCGCUGCGUCUCUCAAGUGAGGCACGUCAGAAAUAUUCCUCGGGCGAGAUCAUGACGCUCGUGAGUGUCGAUAUCGACCGCGUUUUCAACGGAAUGAUGAAUGGGCCAUGGGUUCUCCUAGCACCAAUUGGUUUUACCAUCAGUGUCGUGUUGAUCGGUGUGCUUUUCGACCCCGUUGCUGCUGUGGCUGGGCUGGUGUUGCUGAUUCUGGUGCUUGCAACUUCAUUAAGUCUGGCUAAACGGAUUGGUCGAGCUCGGCGUGAUCUUCUACACGUAACUGCAGAACGCCUUCGAGUGACAUCCGAGGCACUUCAGGGCAUCCGAGUGACCAAAUUUUACGCCUGGAGCGAGUCCGUGGCGACUCGAGUGGAGAAAAUUCGUUGUGAAGAGGUCAAACGCUAUCGUCGCUUUCACUUUUUGCAGAUCCUCAAUUCGGCGCUACUUUUCCUUACGCCCACUUUCCUGGCUGGUGUAACGAUCGGAGUAUACGUCGUGCACCAUGGCACGUUCUCGGUAAUCCAAGCGUUUACGUUGAUCGCAGUUAUCAACGUGAGUCGCCAGGGCGUCAACGCGUUCCCGUUAGGAGUUGCGGACCUUUUCCAAUCUGCAGUAGCGUGUCACCGGGUCGACGAGUUUUUGGACAGCAACGAGCUCACACCUGACGCCAGAGUCAGCAAAGACUCGAGCUCUACCGUGAGAGACCGUGUCUCCGUCGAGAACGCUCAGUUUUGCUGGCCUGUGGCUAACAAUUCCGUCAAAGAUAAUGGUCUUGAGGACGUGAACGUGCACAUUGAAGCUGGUUCCCUUGUUAUGGUUGUUGGUACCGUUGGAUCGGGCAAGUCAAGUUUGCUGCAGGCGCUGCUCGGUGAGAUGCAAAUGACUAGUGGGCGUGCUGAUAUCCACGGAGAAAUCGCGUACGUGAGUCAGGAAGCGUGGGUCCGCAACGCAACUCUGCGCGAUAACAUCGUCUUCGAAGGAGAUUUUGACAGUGAACGCUACGAGAGGGUGCUAGCAGCGUCUCAGUUGUCCCUGGAUCUGGCUGCACUGCCAAGUGGCGAUCGUACUGAGAUCGGUGAACGUGGCAUCAAUUUGAGUGGAGGGCAGAAAGCCCGAGUGAGUGUCGCUAGAGCUUUAUAUCGCGAGUCUGCAGACAUUCUGCUACUAGAUGACCCGUUAAGCGCAGUGGAUCCGCACGUAGCGCACGCCAUCUUCGAGCAGUGCAUUCUGGGUCUAGCCCAACACAAGACGCGUGUUCUGGCGGUAAACAGCCAUUAUGAUCUGCUGGUCCAUGCUGAUAAAGUUGUGGUUGUACAGAGCGGACGCAUUGCUAGUGAAGGGAACUACACGGAAACAAUUGCUCGGCUCCCAGGGUUAGCUUCCAAAGCGUCAAAGGAAGACUAUCAUGUCGAAAACGAGGACAAACAGCAAGCAUCAACGUCCAAUCAAGAGAAUCAGAUCGAUUCCUCUUCUCCUGUUGACACUAGCGACGCGAAAGCUGGAAACCAAUUGAUGGAGAAGGAGGACCGGGUGAAAGGAAGAGUGAUGGGAUACACCUACAAGACUUAUCUGGACGAGACUGAUUUUACUGCUUUUACGGUGGUGGUGAUCGUCGUUACGGGGUACACCGUAAGUCAAGGACUCCUCGUUCUCGUGAACUGGUGGCAAGCGGAUUGGGCUGACAAUAUGCGUCAUCCUAAUGCAUCCUAUUCGGCCUCGUGGUUCGGUUUGUGGUACUUUGGGCUCAUCGCUUUCGGUGCAGUUGCAACAAUCUGUCGUAGCGUUAUUGUGAUGUCGCUACUGCUACGAAGCUCCGAGAACCUGCACGACGAGCUCUUUCGACGCGUACUUGCUGCCCCAGUGACCACAUACUUCGACGUGACACCUGUGGGGCGUAUUCUCAACCGCUUCUCCAACGAUCUGGACCAAAUGGACUCGUUACUACCUCAGCAAUGGCAGAAUUUUGUGCAGAAUAUCUCAUUAAGUGUCGGCGGCUUCAUCGUCUGUGCGCUGGCGUCGUACUGGAUUGGACUCUUUUAUAUUCCAGUGAUAGCUGCACUGGCUGUGACGGGUUUCUACUUCAAGAAAACCUCUCGAGAAGUCAAGCGCCUCGAGAGAAUUUCAAGAUCCCCCGUGUAUAAUUUAUUGGGCGAGACUUUAAACGGUGUACAGACCAUCCGCGCUUUCAAGAUGCAGUCGAGAUUCGAGCAGAUGAACGCGGAUGCUGUGGAUGAGAACGCGUCGUUCUUCUUUGUCUACUGGGCAGCAGGUCGGUGGUUGGCGGUGCGUCUGGAUACUCUCUCUGUCGUGGUCAUUUUUGUGGUAUCGCUCUACUUGGUGGCGACAAAAGGACAGCUCGGCACCUUACUCUCGGGUAUUUCGCUUGUAUACGCGCUCAUGUUGACGUCGAUGGUGCAGUCUUCGGUGCGUGAUGUGGACCGCACAGACAACGCCAUGACGAGUGUCGAGCGUAUUCUGCACUUCCGUGAGAUCCCGCAAGAGGAAGACUCUCUGGACGCGUCUCCCAUCAACAAUACCUUGUGGCCGUCACAAGGUGCUAUCAGAUUCGACAAUCUGCAGCUCAAGUAUCGCCCGGAACUACCUCUUGUACUUUGCGGUGUGACUAUGAGCGUCGGUGGCGGCGAAAAGUUGGGGAUAUGCGGACGUACUGGUGCCGUCUUGAAGCAGGUUCAUCUCGCAAACGCUGUUUCCAGUUGGGGCUCUGGUUUGCAGCUCAUUCUCUCAGAAAAGGGAGACAAUCUGUCGGUAGGACAGCGUCAACUCGUGUGUAUCGGUCGUGCGCUGCUUAAGAACAGCAAGAUCGUCGUGCUGGAUGAGGCCACCGCCAAUGUGGACACGGCCACCGACGCGCUCAUCCAGGCCACCAUCCGCCAGACCGAGAGUUUUCUUAAAUCCAAGGAAUGUGCCCAUUAUCACGCUCAAAUUCAGUAUCGACUUGCCUCGACAACGGCAUCGCAUCUGUCGUGCCCUCACUUCGCAAUUGCUGUCAUUGUCCUCAUAUCGGAGUCCUCAGACUCACAUCGUGCUCAAGACAUGGAAAGUAUCCAGCACUACGUGUCGGCUCCGUCCACUCCUCGAAGCGUCCUAGCCAACGAAAGGAUUGCGAACGAGUCGAACGCCAAGCCAACCACCACACAGCUCUUCAGUCAGCUACCGAAUCCACUUUCCACUGCGUCCGUGCUGUCUGUCAUGAUAGUGCAGUGGCUCCAGCCUCUAGUUGGGCUGGGUGCCAAGCACGUUCUCGAGAAAGAAGAUAUUUGGCCAAUUUGUGCAAACGACUCGUGCGCCUCGCUCCAAAGCCGCUUUCGCAUGGUCUACACUCCACAUAAGAAGUUGCCGUUCGGACUCUCCCCCGUCGCCAUGGCUUUCAUUGCCACAUUCAAGCGUGAGAUCCUUGUUGUACUCGGCAGCUGCCUGCUGUACAUUUUCGCACUGUCAUCGCAGUCGUACGUGGCACAGGCAGUGCUGCAGUUCCUGGCGGGAGAAGUUAACCUUUUUCACGUGGAAAAUGGUUACUGGUUACUGGUGUUCAUGGCGGCCGCAUCCAUUUUGGCUGCUAGCUCGCUCACCUACGUCUUCUUCGUUUCGUCCAGAACGGGUGCUAACAUGCGAUCCCUCGUGAUGCAUCUGGUGUACCAGAAGUCUCUGCGUUUACCGUGUGUGGCGCGUCAGCAGUAUUCAACGGGCGAAGUGUUGACGCUCAUGAGCGUGGAUGCCGAACGUGUAUUCACCGUUAUGAUGGAGAGUCCUUGGCUUGUGGUAGGACCCGUGAGUUUCGUCAUAUCCGUCGUACUAAUCGGAUUUCUCUUCGACUUUACGUCUGCGGCGGGUGGAGCUGUCACCUUGAUGGUGGUCAGCAUUGCAUCGGUGCAGUUCGGAAAUACUAUUGCACGAAUCCAACAUGAUCUCCUUGACGAACGUGUGAAAGUCACGUCUGAGUCGUUGCAAGGGAUUCGUGUCAUGAAAUUCUACGCCUGGGAGGAAUUGCUCGCUCAUCGCGUGGAGAAGAUUCGCGCCAAGGAGAUUGCACUACUACGCAAGUUCCACCUGUAUCAGGUUGUGAACACAGUGAUGCUGUUCCUCACUCCGGCGUUCCUAUCCGGAGUCACACUUGGGAUUUACGUGGCGGUCAAUGGCACGAUCUCAGUUAUCGACGCCUUCACUCUCAUUUCCAUGGUCAACAUCUGCCGCACUGCGUUGAUCCAGCUUCCUGUUGCCAUUUCCGCUUUUUCGCAGGCUCGGAUCGCAUUCGCUCGAAUUGAUCUCUACCUUUCCAGCGACGAGUACGGCCAGUUGCAAUUGGACAAUAGUGCAGCAAAUGAAUUAGAGACCCCUUCUGCUGUCGGUAGUAUAUCCGUUCGUGACGCUGACUUCGAGUGGCCAUUGUCCAGCAAAACGGCCGAUGUCGUGGUGGUCACACCUGCUCUUGAGGGAAACGAAGUAUCGACUCAUACGUUGAGAGAAGCCUCCGAGCUUGGAUUUGGAGUAGACUGCAAUGGUCUUAGUUUUAGUCGGAGCUCAUCAAGUGUGAGAGCGUCGAUGCCUGCUGAUGUAAGAGAUGAAGAGAGACGGAGCUUUCGACUCGAAGGUGUGGAUCUGGAGAUCGACAAUAGAUCGCUCGUGAUGAUCAUCGGCACUGUGGGUGCUGGCAAGUCGAGUUUGCUGAACGCUCUACUGGGUGAAAUGACACUGAAGCGUGGAAGUCUGGAUCUCAGAGGUGACGUAUCUUACGUUAGCCAAGAGACUUGGAUCCGCAAUCUGAACGUGCGCGACAACAUUCUGUUCGGAGAAUCGUUUGAUGUCGAGCGAUACGAGACCGUACUGGAAGCUUCAGAACUUGCCAUGGAUCUCCGCGCGCUGCCACACGGGGAUCGUACCGAGAUUGGCGAGCGCGGUAUCAAUUUGAGUGGCAGACAGAAGGCCCGUGUGGCCAUCGCGCGUGCCAUGUACCGUUCACACUAUGAUGUAUUAUUACUGGAUGACCCGCUGAGUGCUGUGGACUCUCAUGUAGCGCACGGCAUCUUCGACAAGUGCAUUAUGGGUCUGGCCAAGUCGAAGACUCGCAUCUUGGUGCUGAACAGCCACUACGACCUGAUUAAUCGUGCUGACAAGGUGCUGGUGAUGCGUGACGGUACCAUUGCCGGUGACGGCACGUAUGAAGAGGUGAUGGCGAUGUUCCCCGAGCUGGAUAUGACGCAAACUGCGAGUGGGAAUUCUGAUGGGGCUGGGUGGCAUAGUAACCACGAUCCAACGCAGGACAAGCAAGCACCUGUGAAGACCUCCGCGCCAGCGACGGGGGCUCAGAUAGAAGAAGGAACCGAAGACAGCCAACAACUCAUUCAAGAGGAGGACCGCAUCAAGGGCACCGUGGCCAGCGACGUGUACAAGACGUACUUCGACGAGUCGGGAAUGAACGGACUCGUCGUUAUCUUCCUCAUCGUCGUGUUCUACACCAACAUGCCUCGCCGUGACGUUGACCCGACGUACUCCGGGGAGGACUUCACGCUGUGGUAUGUGGGUCUGAUCAUGCUGGCUACGGUGCUGACCCUCGGUCGGGCCUUGUAUUUGACGGAGACCUGCGUACGCACGUCCAAAAAUCUGCACAACGAUCUGUUCCGUCGGGUGUUGGGCGCUCCAGUAAACCGCUACUUCGACGUCACACCCGUGGGUCGCGUGCUCAACCGCUUCUCUAAUGAUCUCGAUCAGGUAGACUCGGUACUACCCAAGGAUUACCAAAUUGUGGCUCAGCACGCUUCAAUGGCUUUGGGGUCCUUUGUCGUAUCAGCUUUCGUGAGUUACUGGAUCGCGGUUGCGUACAUCCCUAUCAUCGUCGUCUUUGUUGUCACGGCCCGAUAUUUCAAGAAGACGAGCUGCGAGGUCAAGCGUCUCGAAGGAGUCACUCGUACACCAGCCUACAACCUCUUUAGUGAGACGCUAUCCGGGCUGCAAACCAUCCGAGCUUUCAAGAUGCAGGACACGUUCAAACUUCUGAACAAGAAGGUGGUGGAUGAGAACGCCAACAUGUACAUCACAUAUUGGUCGGCGGGUCGAUGGCUAGCUGCACGUCUUGACAUGCUGUCCGUGGUCAUCAUUGUCAUUGUCACAGCGUAUCUCGUAUCUACCAAAGGCCAGCUGAGUGCCAUGACCGCGGGUCUCUCGCUCACAUAUUCACUCAUGCUGACGGCCGUGGUGCAGUGGGUCACUCGAGCUGUUGACCAUGUUGACAGCGCCAUGACGAGUGUGGAGAGACUGCUGCAUUUUCGUAAUAUUCCACAAGAAGAAGAUGCUUCUGACUGCACUCCGCUUAACAGCUCAGUGUGGCCUUUGCAAGGAGCCAUCAAGUUCGACAACCUGUGCCUCAAAUACCGACCGGAGCUGCCACUGGUGCUACGUGGAGUAAGUAUGGACAUCCGCGGAGGAGAGAAAGUCGGAAUCUGCGGACGAACGGGGGAGGGUAAGACUCUUACUAAGAGCUCACUUAUGAUCGCACUGUUCCGCAUCUGCGAGUACGAUAAUGGCAGUGUGACCAUCGACGGGCCAUUGCGAGAGAACUUGAACCCGUUUGGCGAGUACUCAGACACGGAGAUCUGGACUGUAUUACAGCAGGUCCACAUGGCCGAUAGUCUGGCCAAGUGGAGUGCUGGGCUAGAUUUUGAGGUAUCGGAGUGCGGCGACAACUUGUCGGUAGGACAGCGUCAACUCGUGUGUAUCGGUCGUGCACUGCUUAAGAACAGCAAGAUCGUCGUGCUGGAUGAGGCCACCGCCAAUGUGGACACGGCCACCGACGCGCUCAUCCAGGCCACCAUCCGCCAGAAGUUACCAGAUAGACGGCAGCUAACGUGUUGA